UAUUCGCAGCUGCAGCACCGGUUUUAAAAACGGUUGCAACAUUUAAUUGUGUAUCUGGUUGGUGUUCUGACAGCAGCUUUCUUAGCUCGCCAUGGCUCUGUGCGGGGGUGUCGGAGCCAUGGCUUUGCCCAGCGAGCUUAUUGUUCACAUAUUCUCCUUUCUGUCCGACCGAGACAAGCUCCGGGCCUCGGCCGUGUGUUCACGAUGGAGGGAGUGUCUCUUCUACCCCGCGCUGUGGACCGAGCUGAAACUGCGAAUAGGUGGCGGUAGUAACGGCGGCGGUUCCAGCUCCGAGGAGACGUCGAGACUGGAGUUCCUCAUGCGGAAGUUCGGUUCUUUCGUACGGGAGCUGCAGCUGGAACUCGCACCGGUGGAAGGCUACCUCGGUCCUCUCAACAGCGACCCGUCGUCCACCAGGAUGGACCAGCCCCCCGGUCCCGAUAAUGACCCGCAGCUCUCCGAGCGAUGGAGAGACGCCAUGGCCACCUACUUGGACCAGGUGCUGUGUGUGUUCAGCAGCAUCCGCAACAACAGAAACCUGCAGAAGCUGAGUUUGUAUGGAGACACCUGUGUUCUCCAGCAGGAGGGACUAUUGGACAGCAUCAACCUGCACCAAAUUCACCAGGGAGACAAAAAGAUCAAUGAAAUCCAGCAGUUGUUCAUGGAGUUGUUGUCUAACAGCAGGCAGCUGAGGUGGUUGUCUUGUAGCUUCAUGCUAGGUCUGGUGACUCCCUGCUCUUUAGCCUGCCUGUCAAAUCCUUCAGCUGAGACCCUGCAGCACCUCAGUUUACUGGACCACCAGCUGGGUCCCCUCAUCUCACCCUCAGAGCUGGAUCGUCUAUCUAAUCUUCAUUCUGUGGCUCUAGAUUUCUCUGAUUUGACAUCUGAGCUUUGUGGUCUGCUAGCCUCUCCACGCCGAACUCCGCUGCAUCGCCUCUCCCUGCUGCUCAAUGGCGCUGCCCUGGAGUUCAAACCAUUAGAAGGGACCGCUACGGAGGACGAUUGGAAGGCAUUGGUUCGUGUGAGUGCCAACCUGCGAGUGUAUAUCAUGGCCCUGGAGGUCGACAGCUCAGAGCUCCUCAGGGUCCUAAAGCCUAGCCUUCCACUGGAGCGUCUCCACCUCGACAGUUACAAUACACUGGUGUCGGACGCCACAUUGGAGCUCAUCUCUCAGCAAUACAACAAAACGCUGACUCACUUCCUGCUCCUGAGGGAUGACCCCGAUUUCCCUGACCUCAGCAUCAAUCGCAAUGAAGAUCCGUUGGUCCUCUUGGCAUGGAGAUGCACUCAGCUGGCUGUACUGGUGAUACAUGGCUACACUGUAUGGUCCCAUAACUUGGUGGCCAUCUCUCGGCUGCGAGGCUCCAGUCUCCGUGUCCUGACUGUCUCCGAGGAGAGCAUCGACUUCGAUCCUGACCAGUCGGUGUGCAUGGAGGGUGACCCGGUCCAUAACCUGGUCAAGGAGGUUUCACUGGGCCUCGGCCGUGUCUGGCACCCUUGCCUGGAUUCCAGCCUGGUUUUGUCCGAACCCACCCAGCACUUCCACCGCGAGCUGCACGCCUUCAGCAUGGGCAUGUAGGCAGGGAUGGCAAAUCCAACACAUCACAGCUUAAACUGUGUCAAGACCAGGCCAGACCAACCAAGUCUUAGUCAACUCAGACCUCUGUACCAGGCCAAAACCACUGAAUCUUAAGUCUAUGAAUUAUAAUGAAUUAAUUAUGAACUGAUGUGUGCUGAUUGUUUUUAUUUUACUUUUAUAUUUUGCAUUUCUUUCACAGGAGUUUUAGCACAAAAUUAAGUCCUACUAUUUCCGAAAUGAUUACCUUUUUUCUAUCUUUGCCUCUUUAGUGUAGUUAGCCAGUUUUGGAGAAACAGGUUCAAUCUUUUGAUGUUUUAAAUACAUUUUCCAAUGAAGACUACCCAAUUAAAACGGAUAUUCUGAGGUAAAUCUGAUAUUCAUUCAGUUUGAAGUCAAACCAAUCUGUGAUCUCUGACCACAGACAGAUUUGAGUCAUGACCUUUUUAAAUUUGUCUGCUUAAACAGGUCAUCCUGCUUUUUCAAAUGCCCUCUGGUCUGGCAUGACCUGGUCUGGUCUGGUCUUGAUCAACAAGUAUUCAGAGCUCGAUGUCUCUCCUUCACCAUAAUAACCUCCAGAGCCUCUGUAAAACGUAUCUUUGAUUUGUUUUUGUUUUGUUUUUUUUUUCGUUUUUAUUUUACUGCUUUUCACCUCUCCCCGCUCUGUGUAUAACCUUGUUUUUCCUGUGUGGUGGUUCCCUUGCCUGUAUCGGCUUUGUGUGUAUUUAGAUACAGAUAUAUUAUUAUCCUGCUCACCACUAGAACAGGACAGGCAGGUGGGUUGAGUGAUGGACCGGUGGGAUUUAG